AUGACUGCUCAGAUUCCGUAUCAACAUAGCUCAGGGUAUAUUUCACAUUUCCACAACAAUGAGCUUGAUGCAGAUGGUGGAAGAGAUUAUAAUGUUACAAUCAAGUAUCUAGAUGAUAAGGAAGAAAAUGAAGAAGGCCAAACAACAAAAGUUAGCCAUACUGCUAGUCUGCAUAUUCCCAUUUUGUUGUGUUUGGUAAUCUCCCUUGGUGGUUUUAUCUUUGGAUGGGACAUUGGAACCAUCGGUGGAAUGACAAAUAUGGUUAGCUUUCAAGAAAAAUUUGGCACAGCUAAAUUUAUCAAUGAUGAUGAGACAAUUUUUGUGUCUACCAAACAACUGACAGAUUUGCAAAUAGGUCUGAUUAUCAGCAUUUUUAAUAUCAGUUGUGGCGUGGGGGCUCUAACUCUAUCAAAAGUUGGUGAUUGGGUCGGUAGGAAAGCUGGGAUAUGGUUUGCCUUGGUAGUUUAUUGCAUCGGUAUAACCAUCCAAAUUCUCUCCUAUGGAAGGUGGUAUUUUUUAACUUUGGGAAGAUCUAUAACGGGAAUCGGUGUGGGCAUUACUACUGUAUUGGUGCCAAUGUUUCUCUCUGAGAAUUCUCCACUAAAGAUUAGAGGCUCAAUGGUAUCUACAUACCAAUUGAUUGUGACAUUUGGUAUACUUAUGGGAAAUAUUCUGAACUUUAUAUGCGAGAAAUGCUAUAAAGACCCUACACAAAAUAUAGCCUGGCAAUUGCCUUUAUUCUUAGGAUACAUUUGGGCAGUUAUAAUUGGAAUGUCACUUGUUUACGUUCCUGAAUCACCACAGUACUUGGCAAAAAUCAAAAAUGAUGUGCCCUCUGCCAAAUAUUCUUUUGCCAGAAUGAAUGGCAUCCCUGCGACGGAUAGCAUGGUCAUUGAAUUUAUCGAUGACCUAAUGGAAAAUAACUAUAAUAACGAGGAAGCUAACAACGAAUCAAAAAAUCAAAGCUUAGUUAAAAAAAACCCCUUUGAGUUCAUUAUAGGAAAACCAAAGUUGGGGUUGAGACUGGUUAUUGGUAUGAUGAUAAUGGCAUUUCAACAGCUGUCCGGAAUAAAUUACUUCUUUUAUUAUGGAACGUCUGUUUUCAAGGGUGUCGGGAUCAAGGAUCCUUAUAUCACUUCAAUAAUGCUGUCGAGUGUUAACUUCCUUUCUACGAUAUUAGGUAUUUAUUACGUGGAGAAAUGGGGCCGCAAGACAUGCCUAUUAUAUGGCUCGACAAAUCUAUUAUUUUACAUGAUGACAUAUGCUACUGUGGGGACAUUUGGAAGAGAGACGGACUUCUCGAACAUUGUUUUAAUUAUUGUAACUUGUUGUUUUAUUUUCUGGUUUGCAAUAACAUUGGGUCCAGUCACGUUUGUGCUAGUGUCCGAAUUGUUCCCGUUGAGAACCAGGGCCAUCUCAAUGGCUAUUUGCACAUUUGUCAAUUGGAUGUUCAAUUUCUUGAUCUCGUUCUUAACGCCAAUGGUUGUAUCCAAAAUUGAUUUCAAACUAGGAUAUGUAUUUGCCGCCUGUCUAUUAGCAUUGAUUAUAUUCAGUUGGAUACUAGUACCGGAAACAAGGAAAAAGAAUGAGCAAGAGAUCAAUAAAAUAUUUGAACCGGAGUAG